AUGUCCAAGAAGGGCGCCAGCAGCCGAGCUAGGGGGGAGAAGCCGGACGCCUUGGCCGCCUUGCAGGCUGCCAAUGAAGAGCUCAGGGCCAAGCUCACUGACAUCCAGAUAGAGCUCCAGCAAGAAAAGAGUAAGGUCAGUAAGUUGGAAAGAGAGAAAAAUCAGGAAGUUAAGCAGAUCAAAGAGCACGAACAGCAUAAAAGUACAGUGGUGGUAACAGAGCUCAAAGUCAAACUUCAUGAAGAGAAAAUGAAGGAGCUCCAAGCUGUUCGAGAAGCACUUUUGAGACAGCACGAAGCUGAACUACUUAGAGUAAUAAAAAUUAAAGAUAAUGAAAUCCAGAGACUACAGACCCUUCUCAAUGCUGUACGUGAUGGGGCUCCUGACAAGGUGAAAACAGUGCUGCUCACGGAGGCGAAGGAGGAGGCCAAGAAGGGGUUUGAAGUUGAGAAAAUAAAAAUGCAACAAGAAAUUUCAGAGCUCAAGGGGGCUAAGAAACAAGUGGAAGAGGCUUUAACUAUGGUCAUCCAGGCUGACAAAAUUAAAGCAGCAGAGAUAAGGAGUGUGUAUCACCUGCAUCAAGAGGAAAUCAGCAGAAUUAAGAGGGAGUGUGAGAGAGAAAUUCGUAGACUGGUAUGUGUUGCUAUCUGCAUCUAUGUUUUCACUAACGCUUAUGUUAUUGAUAGACAGGCGCUGGUGCUCCUCCUUUGGUGGCCCCGUGAGCAGCAGCUCACCAGGCUCCCGACCUCAAUAGGUUACUGGGGUUCCUUACCCGUCAUUGCUCAUCUGAUCCUCACUGGGUCCUUGUGUGUGCUGAUCAGCCCUCAGUCACCUAAUCAAACCAGUUUUAGUCUCAAAGGCAAUAGCUACAUGCUUAUGGCUUUGGAGUAUUCCUCCAGCGUGUUUGGAAACUUGCUGGAGAGGUUAAAAUGGAUCAUGUUGCUUGGAAAAAGGGAGAACUCCCCACGUGAGGGAACUCUUUCCAAGAGGGAAGUCUUUGCAUGA